AAGACCAGUACAAACUAAUGAGUUGCUAGGCAUGGGUCACACAGCUGCUUUAUGAGCAAGGGAGUUGGAAUUGGGAUCUUUAUAAUGACUAGUAAAUCAGUUAUACAGUCUGAACCUGAGAUUAAGUGAGGAGUAGGGAUUAUAUAGCAUAUAAUUUGGAAAUUAGCUUAAUAAGCGUGGAAAACAAGAGGCGUGGAGUUUGUCCUCCCAAUAUUAAGGUGUUAAUUGAGUGGGAUUGUAGCUGUCUGCAGUUGGAGUGUUACUGCAGCCGGUGGGGGUAUUGCUCUGCAGUGAGUGUGAGUACAGUAUAUGAUGGGUUCCUGGAAUGUGGCUACUGUGCUGCUGGUGGCCGUGUCCUGUAUCCAGCUGGCCCAGGCUCAGUUCCCCCGGGUGUGUAUGACUGUACCCACGUUGGUGGCCAAGCGGUGCUGCCCGGCCGCGGGCUCUGAUCCGGCCAAUGAGUGUGGCACCUUGCAGGGGAGGGGGCAGUGUGUGAACGUGGUAGUGGAUGACCGGCCGUGGAGCGGACCGUAUACUCUGCGCAAUGUGGAUGACCGGGAGCGCUGGCCGCUCAAAUUCUUCAACGCUACGUGCAGGUGUGCAGGUAACUUUGGAGGAUAUAACUGUGGAGAGUGCAAGUUUGGUUGGACUGGAGCCAACUGCGAUCAAAGGAAGCCCCUUGUUGUGCGCAAGAAUAUUCAUUCUUUAACCGCUGUGGAAAGAGCCCAGUUUUUGGACGCACUGGAUCAAGCUAAGACUACAAUUCAUCCAGAAUAUGUGAUUGCCAAGCAGCAUUGGUUAAGUCUUCUCGGGCCCAAUGGAACUGAACCACAAAUCGAAAAUGCAAGCAUCUAUAACUACUUUGUGUGGCUUCAUUACUACUCUGUGAGGGAUACAUUGCUAGCGCCUGGACGUCCAUUCAAAGGAAUAGAUUUUUCUCAUCAAGGACCUGCAUUUGUUACCUGGCAUCGAUACCACCUGUUACUUUUGGAAAGAGAUAUUCAGAAAAUGCUUGGCAAUGACUCUUUUGCUCUGCCAUACUGGGACUUUGCCACUGGCAGUAAUGAAUGUGAUGUCUGUACAGAUGAGUUGUUUGGUGCCCCAAGACUGGAUAAUCCAAAUUUAAUUAGUGGUGGCUCUAGAUUUUCGCGUUGGGAAAUUGUGUGCAACAGUUUGGAUGACUACAAUCGCCUGGUUACCCUGUGCAAUGGAACCAAUGAAGGCCCUCUGCAGAGGAGUCCAAUAGAUAGAUCUGGUGGACAGCUGCCCUCCAAGGAAGACGUACAGAAAUGCCUCACACUUAAAGACUUUGACAAUGCUCCCUUUUUCACAAAUUCCACUUUCAGUUUUCGAAAUGCACUUGAAGGAUUUGACAAGCCAGAUGGAACCCUUGACUUUCCUGCUGUGAGUCUCCAUAACUUGGUACAUGCCUUCCUAAAUGGAACCAGCGCUCUACCUCACGCUGCUGCGAAUGAUCCCAUAUUUGUGGUGCUUCAUUCUUUUACUGACGCAAUUUUUGAUGAAUGGAUGAAACGUAAUAAGCCCUCUGAUGCUGUGUGGCCACCAGAACUUGCCCCAAUAGGGCACAAUCGCAUGUACAAUAUGGUACCAUUCUUUCCUCCAGUAACAAACGAUGAGCUUUUCAAAUCCGCUGAACAACUGGGAUACUCCUAUGCUAUAGACUUACCAGACUCGGGAGACAGUCGUGCAAUAGGGGUUAUAGUUGCCUCUACUGUCGGUGGUAUACUUCUUGCUUUGCUUGUACUCCUUGUUCUGCUACUCCUCUUCAUGCACAGGAAACAACAUCAAGGAUUUGAACCUCUAAUGAAUGCAAAAUACAACACCACAAAAUACACAGAUGAAGCUUGAAGAAACCUUUUUAUCUAAAAUUCCACCUUUUGUAUUGGUAAUUCUCUUACUGACUUUCCUAAGUAACAAUUUCCCAAGGUUGCUAAUUGGGUGAAUGUUUUAUUUUUUUUUAAAUUUCAUUUUAUAAUGCUGUAUAAUUGUGGUGAAGUUGUCAAAAUAGAUGUGCUCAGUUUGUGCAAACAUGAUCUGCAUUGUGUCAACAUUAAAAUAUUAGUUUAUGAGUAAAAUGUCCCCCCGUCCCCUCUUUACAUUCAAGGAGGUCCAGUCAGACUGCCAUCUCAAGAAUAUUAGUUUCUUCUCAAUGUCAUUGCCACCUCCCUCUGUAAGUUCUGAAGGUAUAAAGGACAAUGGGGAGCUGCCCAUAAACUUUAAUAAUUGCUAUACUUCUAAAAAAAAUUGGGCAGCAAUUGAUGUUUUACAAAGGUGGUGGAAGGAGGGCUAGUUGGGCCCAUUUGUUUGUGUUAAAUGUGCCUGCUUUUUUGUAUUGCAUCAGCCCUUUAUACUGAGGU